AUGAUGAACAACGUCAGCUGGUUUGAGACUUACCAUGAUAAGAUCCUGUCCUGCAAGGUUGUGAAGCUCCCUUACAAGAGCAAUGUUUCAGCAUUAUUUAUUCUUCCUCACCAAGGAAAAAUGAAGCAGUUGGAAAAUGCUCUUAGCAAAGACGUUUUGUUAAAAUGGAGGAAUUCAACAAAAUCACAGUAAGUGGGCAUGCUAUAGUGGAAAGAGUGUAGUACAUAUUUGUAGGUGUAAAUAUAUUGUUAUGAGUUUGAGGGGUAGUGAUAGGCUGUGUAAUGACCAAGUCCCUUGUAAUUCCAGAACAGGAUCAAUUGAGCAGACAUCGCUGAGACAGGCGUGCAAACACGUUAGGAAUUUGGGCUUCGGAGAGCACAUCUUUGAUUAGAAUUCUGUCCUGCCAUAUGACACCCAAAAUUCUCCUGGCACAUUUUUUUUUCAAAGCAAUACCUCACUAGCCUCUGGUUCCUCUUUCAACAGGAGAAUAGAUCAAGCAGACCUCUCUGAAAUUCCUGGGAAGCGUGAGGUGAAGAUUUCCGAGGUAGGCUUCUCAAAAUUCAGCAGGUUGAUCUAUAUUUUCUUGCAUCCUCCAUUUUCCACAGAGGUACCCUCUUGUCUGAAUUAUGUUGAACUGAACAUAAUUUGGGGUACUUGAACAACAAUCCCAUCUCUCAUGGAGAGGAGGAGCCAAAAAUAUUUGCUAUUCCAGCUAGAAUGAUUAAGAGGCACCAAGAACCCAUCUCUCCCUCUGCUAUAGCCUAAUGGCAUGAGUGGUGCUUGAUGACAGUUGAGGGGGGAGCCCCAAUGGAGCUGGUCUCCCAACAGAACUGAUGGAGAGACUCUUAAGCCCCAGCUCUCCCUCUUCCCUUGGCCAUGCUAUCUGGGGCUGAUGGGAUCCAAAAACAUCAGGAGGGCCACAGUUUCCCCACCUCUGACACAGAAUUUUCAAGAGCAGAUGAUCCAGUACCAGUUGCUUUGCAAAGACUGCAGUUAGCAUUGGAGAAGGAGGAGAAAUCUGAUAUAUUUGCAAGCUUUGUGCAGACAGUAUCGUUUAUCACAUACUUGCUUAAGUCUGACCUGCUCAGACAGUGUAAAUUUUUUUUAGGUUAUAUACGAUAUCUUUAUUGUCAUUGUGCCGCACAGAACAAUGAAAUUGAAAAUCUACAUAAAACAUUCUAAAACCCCUAAAAACUCUGAAACCCCAUUUUAAAAUACAAUAUACUAUAGUGCUGAUGAACUAUAUGCUGUGUGUAUUACUGUAGCAUAAUUUUAAAGUAUAUUACUAAAUAUGUGUUUUAUCCAGUUAUAUAAACUUUUGUAUUUAUCUGUUUAUGUGCUGGCUACUUUUGGAAACCUACUGUUUAUAAUAUUAUAGGAGUAAUAGGGUAAUAUUAUAUGUGGUAUAUAUGAAAGAAGUGUUCGUAUUUUUAGCAUAAUGAGCCUGGUAUGGGGAUCUUGCUUCUCAUCAACAGUAAGGGAGAGAGACAAGAACUAGGAAAAAAUAAUUAUGGAGAAGAUUGACAUCAAGAUUUUAAGAAAAUUCCUUCAGUUCCUUGAGGCUGACUGAUACACAAAUAUGAUGCUUAGAACUGGUUAGAGGAACCAGAUCAAUAGGUAAUCAGAGUAAGAAACGACCACAUGAUGUUGUUUCUUAAGACAUUCAGUGGAUUUGUUUGUUUUGAAGGCCUAGAUUUUCUCAUGAUAAAACCCUGAGUCAGACACAAUCUUGCACUAAUUUUUGUUGUAUUUCUUUUUAUUUCUUUGCAGGCUAUUCACAGAGUUUAUUUAAAUGUCUACGAGAAAGGCACUGAACCUUCAGCUACUGCUGCCAUUGCAAUUGUUCCUAGAUUCCUUUCUUUUGUAUUCAAUCGCCCGUUUCUGUCGGUGAUUGUUAACGAGGAAAUUGGUACAGUCAGCUUCCUGGGAAAAGUCAAAAAUAUUACUGCGGCAUGA